GAGAGAGUUCCAGGGACGGUGUCAGGCUCACGUUCUGAGUGUGCGGGGUAUUGAGGGAACCCAGCUGGUGGCGUGUGGACCGAAGCAGAGACCGAGGCGCUGUAUGCGAGCAAAGGGCGUCGUGAAAGAUUCAUCUAAGACGUACAACAUGCUUGGUUUCGCCGGGCACGAAAACCCGGCUAAAGCUAAGCCAGUGAAAUCCUUUCGGGAUGGCUACGAACGGUACCUGCACGACAAGGGGGUGAAAGUGCAGAGGGCAAAAGUAUCCACCGAGAGCAAGCUCGACGCCCUUCUGGGCUUUUUAGCUGAGCGGGUGCGGGGAGAGACAGACGCGUUGGAACUUUGCACGUUGCUAAUGGACCAGGCAGCGGUUCUAUACCUGUGGGAAUCAUUGGCUCGCGGCAAAGAGUGCGUCUCUUUGAGCGCCAAUCAGAUCGAGGGUGGCGAAUCCCCAGCCGCGUUUCCCGGCUGGAGCAAGACGGUUAGACAAGAGCCCAGCGCUCGUAUCCCGUUGGCCCAGGCAGGCUCGUCUCAGCGCCUCACCUUGUUGAGGUGA